AUGGACAAAGAGCACUAUUCAAUUUAUGUUAAAGACACCAAUGAAUCUUGCAUGGUUACAUCAGUGGCAGAUGGAUCAGAACAAAGAAUUUCAGUUCCCAUGGAUUCCGAAAUUGCAAUGAAUUUUUAUAGUGGAAAGAAAGGAUAUUUCUCAAUAACCAAACUUGUCUUUUGUACUCCCACUGGAAAGAUUAUUUUCAUGUCUAAAUCAAGACCUGGAUCAAGAAAUGAUAUUAACCUCGCCAAUGAAUCAAGAGCUUUCUAUUCUAAACUAGACGAAGUUCUCGAGUUUAUUUUGGGAGACAAAGGAUUCAUAGGUUGUCAUGGCAUGUAUAAACACUUUUUGGUUAACGAUAGAAAUCCUAAAGCUAGUUUUAAUAGAGGUGAGGCUGACAAAAGAUUUAAAGCCAUUAGAAUUAUCAUAGAAAAUGUGUUUGCCCAUAUGAAAAAGUGGGAAGCAUGCAAAGCGACUUUGAGGAUCAAAUUUUCCGAUCCUUCAAAAAUUCUUCAACAACAUGAUCAAAUAUGGUCAGUUGUAGGAUAUCUCACAAAUAAAUACAAAAACAUUAGAGGAUUAUAG